UUCAAGUUUCCGCACUCUCCUCCUCUGUCUCUGCUCUCUCUCUCUCUCUCUUUUCAUUUCAAAAAUCACACUGAGUCUCAGAGUCUCAGACUAGGGACCUCGCUUUCCGGCGACUCUGUCGGACUGCCGGACCUCCCGUUCCCUCACCUUCACCAUGACGGUGUUCUCCGGAAAACAGGUGUUUCCGUUGAACUUCGAGGCGGAGGUCUCCCAGAGGCUCAUUGAAGCCUCCCACUCCGGAGAUCUCAAAUCGGCUCUCGACUGCAUUGCCAAUCCCUGCGUUGACGUCAACUUCGUCGGCGCUGUGCAUCUCAAGAACAGGAAGACUGAGUUGGUGCUGAGUGAUGAAUCCGCCUCACAAGUUCGCGUCGAGUAUGAUGAGUUUAAAACUGACGUCACGGCCUUGUUCAUCGCCGUUCACACCGGAAAUGUGGCUCUCGUGAAGAAAUUGUUGAGCGUUGGAGCUGAUGUGAACCAGAAACUAUUCAGGGGAUUUGCGACAACAGCAGCAGUGAGAGAGGGCCAUCUUGAGAUACUCGAGAUCUUGCUCAAGGCUGGAGCAUCUCAGCCAGCUUGCGAGGAAGCUCUUCUGGAGUCGAGCUGCCACGGACAUGCAAGGUCUGCAGAGCUGCUCAUGGGGUCUGAUUUGAUUCGACCCAAUAUUGCAGUUCACGCUCUCGUGACUGCAUGCUGCAGGGGUUUCGUUGAUGUGGUGGACACACUAUUAAAGUGUGGUGUGAAUGCAAAUGCUACUGAUAGAGUGCUACUCCAGUCCUCUAAGCCUUCUCUCCAUACAAAUGUCAAUUGUACAGCACUGGUCGCUGCAGUAGUUAGUCGAAAGAUCUCAAUUGUUCGUUUUCUUCUCCAGGCUGGAGCCCGGACUGAUAUUAGCGUAAGGUUGGGAGCAUGGUCAUGGGAUAUGGAUACUGGAGAGGAGUUCCGAGUGGGUGCAGGACUGGCAGAGCCUUAUGAUGUUACCUGGUGCGCAGUGGAGUAUUUCGAAAGCAGUGGUGCUAUCUUGCGCAUGCUUCUUCGCCACACGUCCCCCAAUGUUCUUCACUAUGGAAGAACCCUCAUCCACCAUGCUAUUCUCUGUGGCAAUGCAGCAGCUGUCGAUGUCCUUUCUAAAUGUGGCGCUGAUGUCGAAUUCCCCGUCAAAACAACCGGAAAAACAGAGUUUCGUCCGCUGCACAUGGCUGCUCGAUUAGGGAUGUCAACCGUCCUUAAAUGUCUCAUUGAUGCUGGUUCUGAUAUAAACUCAAAGACAGAUUCAGGGGAUACUGCGCUUAUGAUAUGUGCAAAACAAAAGUAUGAAGAAUGUCUUAAAGUAUUGGGUGCAGCUGGUGCUGACUUUGGCUUGGUUAAUGGAGCUGGACAGUCCGUGAGUUCAAUUGCUGGCUCAAAUCGGUGGUCUCUAGGUUUUCAAGAAUCGGUGAUUGAUUUAAUAAAAACUGGGAAAAGACCCAUUUCCGGAAAUAUGUCUGUCUUCUGUCCACUUAUCUUUGUAGCUCAAACUGGUGAUAUGGAAGCCUUGAAAGCUUUGAUUGGCUGGGGAGGACAUGAUCUGGACUACCAGGACGACCAUGGUUCUACAGCAGUCAUGGUUGCUGCUUCGAAUGGUCACGCUGAAGCCUUCCGGCUGCUGGUUUAUGCUGGCGCUGAUGUAAGGCUGAGCAAUAAAUCUGGUGAAACAGCAAUCAGCCUCUAUCAAUUGCACCCAAACCACGACCAAUUUGAGAAGGUGAUGCUCGAAUUCGCCCUCGACAUGGGCAACCGUAAUGCAGCUGGUUUCUAUGCCUUGCAUUGUGCUGCAAGACGUGGAGACUUGGAUGCAGUGAAGUUCUUGACAAAUAAAGGCUACGACGUAAAUGUUGUAGAUGGUGAUGGCUACACCCCUCUCAUGUUAGCUGCAAGGGGUGGCCAUGGAUCAAUGUGUAAACUUCUGAUCUCUCACGGAGCUUGUGCAGACACACGAACUACAAGAGGUGAAACCGCGCUCUCUCUUGCAAGGAAAAAUGAGAAGAGUGAAGCUGAGGAAGUGAUACUAGACGAGCUAGCACGUCGGCUCGUGUUACAUGGUGCUCGUGUAAGGAAACACACCAGAGGAGGAAAAGGAAGCCCACACGGGAAAGAGCUGAGAAUGAUAGGGAGCAUGGGGAUGCUGCGGUGGGGGAAGUCAAGCAGAAGAAACGUCGUCUGCGGAGAGGUCAAGGUCGGGUCGAGCCCGAGAUUCAUGAGGAACAGACGUAACAAGGGGGAUGGUAGUGAACCUGGGCUAUUCAGAGUGGUGACUGUCAAGAACAAGGAAUUGCAUUUUGUAUGUGAAGGUGGGUGUGAAAUGGCUGAGUUGUGGGUGAGAGGUAUAAGACUAGUGACAAGAGAAGCCAUAAUUGGCGAGCGAAAGGAAAUUUGAAGGAUGAGGGGAUUAUGUAUAUAAACCGGUGUUUCGUAUGGUGUACUUCCAUCUCGAAGUAUAUAAUAUUUUUUUCGUUUCCUUUUAUGAAUCAA